AAUCAACAUAGGAUUGACCGAGCAAAGAGUGGAGGGCGUAAAUCGCGUUUGACCCUGUCAAACAAAUCGAGAGAGACAUCUGCUCAAACCUUCCACGUGUCUUAAGACCUCCUCGCUGAUCGAAUCAUAUAACAGAGAUGGCUGCACAGCGAAGAAGCCUCUAGUUGCAAAGAGGCAAACGAAGCUCGUGGACGAAAAUGUAUAGUAACUUCAAGGAGAAAGCCAUAGAGUAUGUCAAGGAAGCAGUUGCUGAGGACAAUGCUGGAAACUACCAAAAGGCUUUUGACCUGUACAAAAUAGCUUUGGAAUAUUUCAGCACUCACCUGAAAUAUGAGAAGAACCCACGCGCAAAAGAGGCCAUCACUGCAAAGUUCAAAGAGUAUCUUGAUCGUGCCGAGUUCAUCAAGGGUCUUCUGGAUGGGCAGCAGACAGUAGAGCCAUCAGCUGCAAAUGGGACAGUGGGGCAGAAAUCGCGGCCACCAGGGGGCGGCGGAGGCGAAAAGGAUGAGUCUGAGAAGGACAAGCUCAGGUCAUCCCUAGGCAAUGCCAUCAUGGUGGAGCGACCAAAUGUCAAGUGGGAUGACGUGGCGGGGCUGGAGGGUGCAAAAGACUCCCUGAAGGAAGCUGUCAUCCUGCCUGUCAAAUUCCCGCAAUUCUUCACAGGCAAGAGGAAGCCUUGGAGCGGCAUUCUGCUGUACGGCCCGCCAGGAACGGGAAAGUCAUAUCUGGCAAAGGCGGUGGCCACAGAGGCGGAGUCCACCUUCUUCAAUGUGUCCUCCUCCGAUCUGGUCUCCAAGUGGCUGGGAGAGAGCGAGAAGCUUGUCAGCCAGCUGUUCUCACUUGCGCGCGAAAAGGCACCCUCCAUCGUCUUCAUCGACGAGAUUGAUGCGCUGUGCAGCACGAGGGGCGAUGGGGAGAGCGAGGCUUCGCGGCGCAUAAAGACGGAGUUCCUGGUGCAGAUGCAGGGCGUCAACACCAACGACAGCCGCGUCCUCGUCCUGGGCGCCACCAACCUCCCCUACGCCCUCGACCAGGCCGUCCGCCGCAGAUUCGACCGGAGGGUGUACAUUCCGCUGCCGGAGCUGGCGGCGCGCGCGCACAUGUUCAAGGUGCACCUAGGGGACACGCCCAACGCGCUGACGCAGGCCGACUUUGAGGCGCUGGCCGCGCACACCGAUGGCUUCUCCGGCUCGGAUGUCAACGUCGUGGUCAAGGAUGUGCUCAUGGAGCCCGUGCGCAAGACCCAGGAGGCCACCCACUUCAGGGAGAAGAAGGGGCCUGAUGGAAAGGCAAUGUUUGAGCCGUGCUCACCAAGCGAGCCGGGUGCAAUUGAGACCACCCUGACAGAGCUUGCAGAGAAGGGCCUUGCCCCACAGGUGCACCCACCGCUGAUUUCCAUGCGUGACUUUGAGAAGGUGCUGCUCAGAGCGCGGCCGACCGUGUCGCAAAAGGAUCUCAAGGUGUUUGAGGACUUCACCACUGAGUUUGGGGAGGAGGGCUGA